AUGGCGGUUCGGUUGCGGCCAAUGACCUGCAGGGGACGCUCGGAGAGACAAUGUUGUAGCAGCGUGGUCCGUGGAUCUUGCGCCGGUGGACAAGCGCAUGUGCCGGCCGUCAUGGUCCAUGGACAGAUGAACCAAGUGCAGCAGGGGCAGCAACCUGGCCCAAUGAUGUACCUGAUGGCACUGGCCAACGACAAGUUCUCUAUGAUGGGCGAUGUUAUGGGGUUCGGCCCCAACGGGUACGCAAGGAUGGCUGUGGUGCCUCCGCCACCACCUCCUCAAGGUGGGGUGGGUAUUGUGAGCCCCGGGUCAUCAGACGGGUGGAGCGCCAUGACGCAGGCUGACAUGACGAACUACAUCGGUGAUGGAGCGAUGAUGGAAAACGUCCACGCUCUGGAGGAUCAUUCCUCCAAGAGGAGCAUCAACCAUCGCCACCGCCGCGUGAUCAAGAAUCACAAGUCAGCCGCACGAUCGCGUGCUAGGAACAGGCACUUACAUUGUUGCCAAAAUUGUUGGUUUUUAUGCAAUGCCAUUUCUGCAAUAGCUUAUAUUGUGGAUCUUGAAGCUGAACUAGACUACCUCAAGGAGGAGAAGGCUUGUCUAAAAGAUGAGGAGCUGGUGGAGAAGAUGAUGGAACAGUCCAAGGAGAAAGUGACCAUCUGA